AUGGGUUCUCAACCAUCAAAAGCUUUAUUGACUGAAUCAAUAGUACCUAAUCACUAUUUUCGUCAGCUAUUUGAUCAAACAUCAUACACCUACACUUAUUUGCUAGGUGAUGUACAAACGAAAGAUGCUAUACUUAUUGAUCCUGUUUUUGAAAUGGCCGAACGAGAUAUGCAAAUAAUAAAACAACUUGGAUUAACAUUAAAAUAUGCAGUUAAUACACACGUUCAUGCUGAUCAUAUAACUGCUAGUGGUAAAUUGAAAAGUGCAUUGUCGUCAUGUAAAAGUAUAAUUGGACAAAAAAGUGGAGCAAAAGCUGAUAUUUAUAUUGAUGAUGGCGAUACUAUUGAAUUUGGAAAGCAAAUUUUAGAAUGUCGAUCGACACCAGGACACACAAAUGGAUGUAUGAGCUAUGUUUGGCACGAUAAAUGUAUGGUAUUUACUGGUGAUUGUUUACUGGUACGCGGUUGUGGUCGCACUGACUUUCAACAAGGAAAUGCCAAAGAAUUAUAUAAUUCCAUACAUACAAAACUAUUUUCAUUACCAAAUCAUUAUUUGAUCUAUCCAGCACACGAUUAUACCGGCCAAACAUGUAGUACGAUUGGAGAAGAAAAAGUACACAAUCCUCGUACCGCAAAAUCACUCGAUCAAUUUACUGAAAUAAUGAGUAAUUUGAAACUAAGUUAUCCAAAACAGAUUGAUAAGGCAUUACCUGCCAAUUUAGCUUGUGGUAUACAAGAAGAUACGGUUUAA